AUGAACCAAACACUGGCACAGCCCAUGAAUCAAACUAUGAACAACAAUCACCAAGUCCAACCCCAGAUUCAACCUCAAAUCCAACCUCAAAUCCAACCUCAAACUCAACCCCAACCCCAACCCCAAAUCCAUCCCGGACUCGAAAUCCACUUCAUCCCCUACCCACCCCAAGCCCAAGUUCAAGACCAGCACCACCAAACCGAAAUCCUCCUGCACAUCGACGCCGCCAACAACCACCCAAUCUGCAUCCUAUCCAACAACUCCCAACCCACAACAACCACAAUCGACCCCGCCAUCAUAAUCACCAACCCAACCUCCUACAUCUUCGCCUUCCGGGACCCCCACUCCCUCUACCACGCCUUCACCAACCAAACCAUCUACACCCUCCUCACCCGACACGCGCACUACAUCCGACUCUACCUCCUCCACGACCUGCAAAUCGGCUACCUCCCAUGCUCCCCCCACCCACUGCCCUUCUCAUCCCACAACCGGGACAGUCUAUUCUUCUUCGACUGCGCCACUGACCCCAACAUGCACUGCAUCACCCCGCCCCGCCUGCCCUGCAUGCCCAGCACCACACACCCCGUGCUCCUGAACAACGAUUGCAAUAAUAUCUGCGCGAUCUCGUGGCCGGGCUUUGAUAGGCUCAUGGGGAAUUGGCGGGUCGCGUGCAGGGCUAUCCCCCGGGGUCAUGAUGUCUGGUAUAUGGUCUUUAAUUUGGCGUCGAGGGGUGGGUGGGUGCCGUUGGGUGUGGGGAGGUCGUUGCAGUUGCUUAGUACGGCGGUUUGUGUGAAGGAGAGGGUUAAGGGGAGGUUUCGGUGUGUGGUGGAUGGGUGUGCUAGGGGGGUGGUGGAGAGGUUUGAUGGGUUUUUGGCGGCGAAUGUGGCGAGUUUGGGGUGGGCGGUUGUGGGGGAUGAAGAGGUGGUGGAGGGGGUGGUGGAUGAAGAAAGAGUGGUGGAGGUUAAGGUUGAGGAGGGAGGAGAGAGAGGUGUGGAGGGUGGGAAGAGUAAUGGUGGUAGUGGUGGUGGUGGUGGAGGAAAAGGAGGAGGAGUGAUUGUGCAUGCUGGUGAGUGUGUGGUGAUUGAUGAUUGA